UAUUGAUGUCAGUCUUUUCUUGAACUUUCAUUAGCUUAAGUUGUGCACACUUAGAGUCACUAUGUUCAUUCUCUGCUUUUUUGUCCUUUAUCUAGUGUCCUUCGGGAAUAGUACUCGUUACAAUGGAACUGCUAAAAUUUAUAUGGAAGUGAAAAUUAAUCGCAAACCUUUGGGCCGGAUGGUUUUUGGUUUGUUCGGGCAAGAUGCACCGCGCACAGUUGAAAAUUUCCGACAAAUCUGCUUAAAUGGAAUAGAUGGGAGGACCUAUGUGGGGACGAAGUUUCAUCGUAUCAUUGACCGAUUUAUGAUUCAAGGCGGUGAUAUAGUGUCCAAUGAUGGUCGCGGAUCUAUCAGCAUUUAUGGGGAUUACUUCGAGGAUGAAAACUUGACGGUUGAACAUAAAGGUUCAGGAUUCAUAGGGAUGGCAAAUCGAGGGCCAAAUACAAACGGAUGCCAGUUCUAUAUUACAACAAUGGCCGCUCCUUGGCUCAAUGGAAAACAUACGGUAUUUGGGAAAGUUAUAGAUGGAGAAGGUGUUUUGCAUACAAUUGAAAAGACAAAAACGGAUACCGAUGACAAACCGAUGAAAAACGUUGUAGUCACAGAAUGUGGUGAAAUACCUGUUUCAAAACCAUUCGAGAUAUCAGAUGAAUUCUAUGGAAUUUGGAACUGGAUAGAAGCAGCGGGUGUUCCUGUUGGCAUGUCCUUCGCUAUUUUGGCUUUGUUUCAUUAUUUUAUUCGCAAAUUGAAUGUUGUUUGUUGAAAGAAGUCACUGAUUAAUGGUUUCCUUUAUUAAAUCACAAUUUAUUUAUAAGGUGGCGAAUUGUAGCAAUUUGUUAUAAAAUAAUUAAAGUGUAUUCUCAAACAAUAAGUAGUAAAUAAUUUUAAUGAUGUAC